AUGACCACAAUGAUGACAAGAGAUGGACAUCCGGUGAUCACAAUAAUGACAAGAGAUGGACAUCCGAUGAUCACAAUAAUGACAAGAGAUGGACAUCCGCUGACCAGUGAUUCUGUUCUUAACGUGGUAUUCUAUUUCAUAUGGUUCAAAGUAGAGGAAAUAGAUCUAGUUGAACUAUAUAGAACAGAUAGACACAUGCAGUUUAUGAUGAUUUCAAUUCCGGUAAGAUAUCAGGAAAGUAAAAAAGAGUUUCAAGUUGUAAAGAAAAAAACCGGAUUUUUCCAAAGUGGAAAAGUAAAAACGGAGUACGGGGAAUUAUGA